CAGUGAAUGCAUCAUCCCGGGUGAUCACCAGCCGGGGAAAGAAAAAUCACAAUGUCCUAGUUUAUUCGCCUUUGACAGGUUGCCCUUAUAUGGUGCCCCCUUUGCAGGGCUCGGGCUCGGUUCGGAAGGAAGGCGAUGGAGGGGAGAGAGAGCUUCCAUCCCCUGCCUGCACUAGCCGCUGCCCUGAAUGGGCGGACGUUGUGAAACUAACGACGGUGGUUAUCUCUCCCCCUCUCCCUCUCUCUCAAUAGUUGUCCCUUUCUCCCAACACUUGGGCUUGCCGGUAGCGCUGACGAAACGUGCGAAUGGUCGAGCCCUGCAUCGGUUAGAGAGGAAACUCCUCCCUCACUUGCAGACAAACAAGUCCUUCCAACCGCCAUGGUCUCAUGGAUCAUCUCUAGACUAGUCGUGCUGAUUUUUGGCACACUUUACCCAGCGUAUUCUUCCUACAAGGCUGUAAAGACAAAGAACGUCAAAGAAUAUGUGAAAUGGAUGAUGUACUGGAUCAUAUUUGCACUGUUCACCACAGCAGAGACUUUCACAGACCUAUUUCUCCCAUGGUUUCCAUUUUAUUAUGAACUGAAGAUCGCCUUUGUAAUUUGGCUGCUCUCCCCUUACACAAAAGGCUCCAGUGUUCUCUACCGGAAAUUCGUGCACCCAACCCUCUCUUCGAAAGAGCAGGAGAUCGAUGAAUACCUGAGCCAGGCGAAGGAUCGCAGUUACGAAGCGGUGGUGCAGUUUGGAAGGCGAGGCCUGAAUGUGGCGGCGAGCGCUGCCGUCACGGCUGCUGCCAAGGGACAAGGAGCUCUCUCGGAAAGGCUAAGAAGCUUCAGCAUGCAGGAUCUGACGACGAUUCGAGGAGAGAGCAGCAGUGAUCCGGCAGAACAUGUAAGCAGCACGCAGCCCCAAACCCAGAGUGCACCGGGGAACAUCACAGAGACUGUCGAUAACUCAGGCAGAGCAAAGGCACCCUAAUCCCCCUCCCAGAAGAAAAAGUACCUCAUCCUGCUACAGCGAGUCCAUGUGAUGCCAUGGAGCCAUCGGACUGGAGUCACCUGGAUUUGACUUCCUGUUUUAUCGUCCUGCCUUCACGAGCCAAGCAAAAAGUGACACACGGGGAACUGCAGAGAAAAACCACUGGCCAGAGAGUGCUUCACGUUUUCUUGCAGAUGCCAUCAGCAACCAUCCAUGAGUAUAACUCGCAUUGUAACAUAUUUCUGUCUUACCUCUGUUUCCUUUCAAAAUUCACACGUAGUUCAGAGUGACGCUGAAGCGAUUGAAAUGCUUGUAGAUCUUAAGUGUCUUCAGGUUUAUGUAAGAACAUUCCAACACAUCGUGUUUUUGCUUCAAAGCAAACUAGAAAAUAAUUAAUUAUUUCUGUAAGCAGGGGUAUCGGCCCCACUCUACACCACAUAUCUGUUCCACCACACACAGAGAUAUCUGUUCUUCAAUAUAGAGGCACUUAUGCUAUUCUGUGUACAAGUAUUUCUGUCACAAUAUGUACACAAAUCUGUUAUGCUGAGCUCUGGUAUAUGUGAUGUAUACAGUACAUACGUAUGUGUGUUGUACAUUGCACAGGUAUAUAUAAUGUUUUGCGCACAGUGUGGGCGCUGUCCUCUGCACAGAUAUAUCAAUUGCAUCGUUCAUAGGUGUGUCCAGUGCUUUUUUAUUUGUGAUGGAAUGACAUACCGGCACCUCUAAAGAGUUACAAACAAGAUUGAUGUUCUGGAAUCAAUAGUGAACUACGAACAGUUAUAUGCGUUCGGGGACAUUUUCAUCCACUAACAUAAGCGCUGGGUAUGUCUGCUAUCCUCUACAUUAUUGUGUCUGCUGUGUUUUACAUUAAACACAUUUAAUGUAUGACUUGAAACUCUAAUCAUAUUAUGCAUAACAUUACAGCAAUGAUAAGACUGACCAGCCAAUCGGAGGUUGCAUUGUUGAUAACGAGAGUCAAUAUUUUACUUUUGAAACAAAAGAUCAGCUUUUACAUUUCUCUCUUUCUGGAUCCAUUGGAAUAAACAAUCACUCUGCGAUUCCCUCCUCGCUGCUGUGUCAUAUUCAACGUCACAGUGUUCAUUCAGGAAGCAAAAGGGCUGAUUUUCCCCUCUCCGCCGCUGCCUGUCUUUGGCCUUUACUGCAUUCGCGAAGUAGCACAUGGGAGCCGUCAUUUAUGAAAUCUGCUCAAGCAAUGAUUUGUAUUUUACGGUGCUGAUGGGGAUUGAAAUAACAGAGGAACGCAGCAGAAGCCACUCGGCCCCUCGAGCCUAUUCCAUCACUCAGCUAAAUCAAAUCUGACCAUGUGCCUCAAUUCCAUUGUCCGGCCUUUGCUCCAUUUCUCCAAUCUCAAAAUGAAAUUUAGUACACUCUUUCCUUCAAAAAUCAAAAUCUGUGCUGGAAGUUCCCACAAUUAAUUUGUCAGUUAGUUGAAAGAGCCCAGUGGGAUAUUAUUGUACAUAAGGUUAAAAGUUAAUUAUUGUCACAUGUACGGAGGGAGGUACAGUGAAGAGCUUUGUUUUGCAUGCUAUCCAAUCAGAUCAGAUGAUACAAUCAAGCGAAACUCAAAUACUAUGACACGGUGGCGCAGCAGCAGAGUUGCUGCCUUACCUGAGUUCGCCAGAGACCCGGGUUUGAUCCUGACUACGGGUGCUGUCUGUAUGGAUCUUGUACGUUCUCCCCGUGACCUGCGUGGGUUUUCUCCGGGAGCUCCAGUUUCCUCCCACACUCCAAAGACGUACAGAUUUGUAGGUUAAUUGGCAUGGUAAUAUUGUAAAUGAUCCCUAGUGUGUAGGAUAGUGUUAGUGUGCGGGGGGGAGGAAUCGCUGGUUGGCGCGGGCUGGGUGGGCUGAAGGCUAGUUGAUGAGCUGUAUCUCUAAAAUUAAAAACUAAAAACAAACUAAAAUUAAAACUACAAUAAGUAAAGCGAGGGGUCAGAUACAGAAUACAGAUGGCAAAGUACAGAAUAUACUGUGGUUAUCAGCAUUGUAGUGUACCAGUUCUAAUUCCUGGUCAAAACUAGGUCAAUGUAAAGAAUGCAUCAAUUUGUGUGUUUUCUAGGGGGGAGAGGGUGGGUGGGCAUGGUAUUACUCUGUAUUUUCAUACAUAUUUCAAAUACUUCCGAUGCUUUAAAAAAAAAAGACAAUUAGAUCACCAUUUCUGAUGCAUCUCUGAUGGUGAAUAUAAUGAUGUUGUUAUGGAACAUUGUCAACCCAGAUAUGACCCCCCCAUUGUAACUGCUUCUCUGUAAGAUAGAAUAACCCUAUUUCUGCUGCCCUGUAAAUGGCAUUGUUACAGUCAGCUAUGGCCAUGAAAGGAAACAUUGAGACUUAUGUGGAAAAUAAUCCCGAUGAAACAGCAGGGAAGUGAUAUCAGGCAGCAUUAUUGAAAAUAUGUUCAAAGGAUUCCCAAGGGCUGGUUUGUUUUUUUGAGAAGUAGAAUUAGAUGCUAUUUUGGCAAAUAAUCAUUAUGCUAACAUUACAGCAUGCCUCAUGUGACAUUAUAAAGCAACCCUGGACAUCUUUAGGCUGCUCAAGAAAAUGUAUUUUUAUUUCCAUUUUCACUUAAGAAUUCCCCUCCCCCUGUGACAUGCAUGACUCUGAGCAUAUCUGAAGGAAGGUGAGUUUUAUGUCAAUUUAUGGCAGCUAUGCCACCAAGCCACGAGGUUGUGGAUUCAAGUCCCGCAGCAGGUGGUUGGCUGCAACAUCUAGGUUGAAAAUCCAAUGUAGUAGUAUUGAGUGUGUUGGACUAUAGGAAGCAUUAAAGGUUGUGAGGAUCUGGCCCAGAGGAGGAGUUGAGGCCUUGGGAAGAUUAGCCAUGAUCAUAUAGUUUAGUUUAUUGUAGUUUAUUGUAGACCUAUUAUAGAAAGGUGCGGCAUGCUUGAGGGGUCUGGUGACUUAUUCCUGCCCUUAUUUUCAUGUAUUCUUGUGCAGCCUCGUGAAGGAGAUAUUAGACUAGGGUUUGAUCUCCUUUCUAAACUAUUUUGAAAAAAACCAGGUGAGUUUUGAAUAAAACCAAGGGUUCAGACAAGUAAUAAUAACUCAAAAUCAGGAGAAAUAGUCAUAGUCAUACAGCGUGGAAACAGGCCCUUCGGCCCAACUUGCCCACGCCGACCAACAUGCCCCAUCUACACUAGUCCCACCUGCCUGCCUUUAUCCCUUAUCCCUCUAAACCUACCCCACCCAUGCCUAAAUGUUUCUUAAACAUUGCAAUCGUCCCUGUAACAGAUAGAAAUAGGAUUAGGGCUUUUGGCUUUUCCAACCUGCUUUGUAAUUUAUAAAAGCUAUUGCCCACUUCCCUUAACCAUGGAUACACAAGAACAAGUUGUCAAGUCAUUAUCACAUUGAAGCCUGCAGAGACUUGUUGCAUGAAGAAUUAACAACCUUUGUUUCAGUGAGAUUCUACCCUUUGAAUCGUCAUGGGCCUUUAAGGUCAUAUGUUCUAGGAGUAGAAUUAGGCCGUUUGGGCCAUCAAGUCUACUCUGCCAUUCAAUCAUGGCUGAUCUAUCUUCCCCUCUUAACCCCAUUCCCAUGCCUUCUAUCGAUCUCUGCCUUAAAAAUAUCCAAUGACUUGGCCUCCACAGCAAAGAAAUCCACAGAUUCACCACCCUCUGACUAAAAUAAAUUUCCCCUCAUCUCCUUCCUAAAAGAACGUCCUUUAAUUCUGAGGCCGUGACUUCUAGUCCUAGACUUUCUCACUAGUGGAAGGAAACAUCCUAGUUUUGGGUUGUGGCAACUGCAUGGGCUAUCUCUGGAUUAAUCUGUGAUCCUCAUAGUCUUGCUCACAACUCAACUUGAUGGGCAGUAGUGACAAUGCCCUAGCCUAGAGGACCUCUAUGUCCCAUCCUCCUAUUCUACAUCGCUUCACUUCACCAGUAUCAUUUCUAACCGUAUUUAUUAUUUUAAGCCACAAACAAAAUUCAGCAAGUUAAUUUUUCUGUCAUCAUUAUGGAUGUGUUGCUAAAGCCCUCCUGAUGUUUAAAUCUAGAAAAGAUCCAUGAAAUGAUGUAAGGGAGUAUUUAUGAGUAUGUUUUCCAUCAUAGAAUCUCUCGGCAGGUAUUAAACUCCAGCAGGCCACAGGUGCUAAAGCUGGGUUUUUGGGUGAAUGCCCACAACAGGACUAAAUGGAGAGGGAAUACUGAGAAGGAGGGUGAAACAGAGAAGUUUAGAUGUCAGGCAAGAGAUGAUGACUAUUUGGCUUGGGGAGUUAACUGUGUGUCAAAAUGUGACUUUGGAUUAAAAAUAGCAGCUUUUUAAAAAUCAGGCUCAAAUCUCAGAAUUCUGCAGUAGCAGAUGAGGAUGUAAUCUUAUGUUUAGGUGUUUGAAGCAGAGUGGUAUAGCUGGUAGAGCUGCUGCAGGUUUGUAGGUUAAGUGGCUUCUGUCAAUUGUUCCUAGUGUGGUGAGAAUUAAUGUGUUAGUGGAAUAACAUCGAACUAAUGUGAACGGGUGAUCGAUGGUCGGCGUAGACUCGGUGGGCUGAAGAGCCUGUUUCUAUGCUAUCAUUCAAUUCAAUUCAAUUCGAUUGUAUGGCAGAGUGUAACACUGUGAUGCCUCAACAGUUUAAUUUCCAUUGAGGGUAAUUUUAUUAGGGCUUCAAGGAGGCGAAACAAUUAAUGAAAGCCCCAAGCCCGUGGUUGACAGUGUGCAAGUAUGUGGCAGGUUAACAUUGCCAUUAGUGAUAGUGUGUUGUAGGCUGUACAGUUGUAGUCUUUACAGCGAGGAAACAGCUGACUCUGCAGUGAUUUUAAAAGUUCCUACACUUGGUUGGGCCUUGAUAAGUAGUUGUAGCAUUGUUGAGACAGUCAAUAAAGUGAUUUGUGUGUGGGGGGGGAGUGAAAUAUUUAAUUACCCCUUUUCUUGCAUGCUUUCCAUUCAGUUUAUUAACUCUCAAAUUGUAUUUGAGCAAAGGUGAAUUUGUAGAGGUGAAUACUAAGGCUGGAGCUUCUUAUUUGAGGAUAUGUUUAGUUGCUAGAACCAUUUUACCAGGUUUGGUUGUGUUUGACUAGGACGGCUUGCUUGUGUUAAAUGGAGUGUACUUUAACAUAGAAACAUAGAAAAUAGGUGCAGGAGUAGGCCAUUCGGCCCUUCGAGCCUGCACCACCAAGUACUUCUUUAGUACUUCUUAGCUGGUUACAAUGACUCAUUAGAAAGCUUUCGGGCAGGUUGUUGUCUUUCACUUGAGGUGGUAAACCAAGGACCCAUCUGCCCCAUUAGGUAAUGGCAACAUGUAGAAGUAGAACAUGAACUUCCCCCUUGUCCAAUAGUAACCUCUCCCUCAACAUCUUAAACAAGUUGUCUGGUUAUUGUCAUGUUCUGGUUGGUGUGUUAAGUUGCUGCCACAAUAAUCACCUUGAAAAAAUAAUUCAUUGAUUUAAAAGCACCAUGGGCAUCCUAUGGCAGCGUAUAAAUGCAAAUCUAUCCUGGAGAAGCUGCAAUCCGAUCAUACAGCCAAGCUCCAUGUCAAGCUCCAUGUGUCUAUCUCCAUGUCAAAUCGGCAACUACAUUAGGUCUGUCGAGCUUAUGUUUAUUGUUGUCAUGUGCACCAAGGUACAGUGACAAGCUUUGUUUAGCCUGCUGUCCUAUCAAACCAGAUAUACCACACCUAAAUACAAUCAAGUAUAACAGAUAGGGCAAAGGGGAAGAUACAGAAUGCUGAAUAUAGUUCUCAGCAUUGUAGUGCUUCAGUUCCAAUGUCUCUCGCAUCUAAACCCGCAUUAAAGCUUAAAACCUUCACUCCCUCAAUUGUCUGGACCUCAGUUAUAAGUGAGGAACAUUAUUCCUAUUUAGCAACAGCGGGAGUUGUUUUGUUGUUUCGUUGUUAAAAAGUUGAAUAAUGCCGUUAAGAUGACAAGUAUAGAAACAACAUUUUUUUUCCGGUGACUGUUUGGUUUGAAGGAAUUCUAAUAUCACCGGUAGUUUUCAAAACCAGAUGUCGGGCCGAGACCAGGUUUCAAAAGUGGGAAUUGGCUCAUUAACCAGUAAAAGGUGAAGAUCGCCAGCUCGGCAAAUGGACUCCGUGUGCCAGUGCUAAUCCCUUUGAUGUUCAGGAAGGUUUUUCACAUAAUGCUGGUCAUCCACUGAUCAAUUGUUCCCAUUGACGGUGAUAUUAUUACAAGGAGUGUGAAGGAAGCAGAGCUCGUAGCUUGCUGUGAGGUAGAAAUGUGUGGCAACAUAGGAGGUAGUGGAGACUCGGAGAGGGCGGGGUGUCUUAAGAUGUCCCGGUAAGUAGCUGAUCAUUAACAAUAAUACCUCCCCUGCAAAAUGCUCUGGUGGAUAUUUAGGGAUGUCAGCAUUUAUUACAUUUUUAAUUGUCAUUGGUGCCGCCUUAAAACGAUUGGGGUGAGGUACCUCCGACAAUGUUGUUGUGUUGAGGGUUAACCCGGUGACAGUGAGGAAAUGGCAAUAUAUUUCCAAGUCAAGGUGGAGGAGAAGCCUGCAAGUGGUGGCAUUGCCUGUGUCAACCACCUUUGUCUUUUUGGAUGGCGGAGGUCACAAACUUGGAAGCUGCAGUCAAGUCCAACUGCUUUAAAUAUUUAGUCAUUUGCCUGAAGGUCGGGAUUUUCAGUUUGUCUAUUUUUUCUUUCAUUAAUGGACAUUACCAAAGGCCUCUGGACAGUGGCUUUAGCCAAUUUCUGAAGCUAAAUGCUAACAAACAGAUUUAGGUUUCGCAAAAGACACAAAAUGCUGGAGUAAUUCAGUGGGGUCAGGCAGCGUCUCUAAAGAAGAGAGAUAGGCAACGUUUUGAGACUCUCCAGACACUGAAUUUGAUUUUGAUUUAGGUUGCCAUAGUCGAGUUGGCAGAAGAAACGUUAAAACCUAUAAAUGUAUAAAGCCGCAGAUUUAAAUGUGUCAUAGAACAUUGUGAUUAUCUGAUCAAAUAUAUUCUUUCUAGUUGGAUCUGGGGGUCUCUUGGAGUGAACUCUUCACAUUAUUCCACAACUCAAAGUUGCCUUCAGAUUGUCUGUAGAAGAGUCUAGACCCGAAACGUCACCCAUUCCUUCUGUUUAGAGAUGCUGCCUGUCCCGCUGAGUUACUUCAGCAUUUUGUGUCUAUCGGCAUAUUGUUAUUUAUUUAAUAAAUAAAUUGAUGCUAGAAGGCAAUGCAAAGAUCCAGCAACCAAAGUAUAUACGUGUAGACACAAGCAACUGCAGCUACUGGUUUACAAUAAAAGGACAGAACAUAUGGAGUAAAUCAAAAAUGGAAUGUUGAAGAUUCAGUCUGAAGGUUCUGACCUGAAAUGUCACAUAUCCAUGUUCUCCAGAGAUGUUACCUGACCCGCUGAGUUACUCCUGCACUUCCUGUCUUUUACAGUAUAUACACAGAAACAUCAAGUCUGGCAACCAACCGAUGCUUAUAUACCAUUCUGGCAUGUUAGAAUUCACCUCAAGAUGUGGGGAAAUGAGGCUCAAGAACCCAUGCCAAUUUGUUGACCAAAUAAUCAGUGGGGGAAGUGGGAAAUUCAGUGGGGUUAUUCAGUGGGGAAGACAACUGGCUUGCACAGCUUCUAUCGGGCAUUGUGAAUGUGGCGACGUGAAGCAACAUCCAGAAUGUGAUUCUUUCACUCUGAAUGAGUGUUGCCAAUCGAUUGUUGAAUCCCUUUGGAACAUUGUCUGGCUCCUUCAAAAUAGACAUGCCCGUCAAAGGCUUCAAAUAGUUUUAUCAAGCAAGGGUUCAGUGUUUGAGUGAAUGAGGUCUACAGAAUCUAGUCUUUCUGAGCUCUGAUGAGAACCAGGCAGAUCAAACUCAUAAGUUCUCUGUGGCAACUUUCAGGGGUUGCUUCAUCAACAAACAAGAAGAAGAAAUGUGUAAGUCUGCAGCAAACUUCUCCUUCUCCCAAAAUUCUCACCGCCAAACCAUAUUUUUAUACAAGGUAGACAAAAAUGCUGGAGUAUCUCAGCGGGUGCAGCAGCAUCUAUGGGAGCGAAGGAAAUAGGCAACGUUUCGGGCCGAAACCCUUCUUCAGACUCAAGGUACACAAAAAUGCUGGAGAAACUCAGCGGGUGCAGCAGCAUCUAUGGAGCGAAGGAAAUAGGCAACGUUUCGGGCCAAAACCCUUCUUCACUCAGUCUCAGUACCUUCAUAUUUUGAUACAAAGCUGAUGAGCAAAGGUUCUGCACAAGUUCACUGAAUGCCAUUCUGACCUUUAAAAAAUUCAAUGCUCUUUGGUGCCAUGGUAAAAUUCAAAGAUAACCAGAAUUAUGGUGUCAAAUUUUGUCCUCUGAUGUUCGAUUUGUGCAACUGGGUUGUUGCUGAAGGAACUGGUGCUUGUCCUGGAAGAAUGUAUACUUGACACAAGGUUGGUCAGUCAGAGUUUGCUGUUGACCCGCUGUGAAAUGAAAGAAGACAAAUAUUUUAUCAUUUUUACUCUGUUGUCCUGGUGAGGGUCCCUGGUCCAAGGAUAGGAACAGGCAGCCUGCCCCUGGGUCAAUUUUGGAAACAGCACCCCACCUCUGGGUCCAGGCAAGAGAUAUGCAGCCCAUCCUUGGAUCCAAACAAGAGCCAGGCAGCUCACCCCUGGGUCCAGAUGAGAGACAGGUAACUUAUUCCUAGAUCCAUACGAGAGACAGAUAGUCCAUCCCAGCGACCUGGUGGUAAUAGGUAGUCCAUCCCUGGGCCUAGGCAAGUGACAGAUCGUUCAACCACCAGGUCCAGGCUGAAGAGACAGCCCACUCCUGAGACCAGGAUAGCAAUGGGCAGCCUUCCCAGGAUUCCAGGUGAGAGAUAACAGCCUACCAAUGACACCAGGCUGGCUACUGCAACAAGCAGUAAUUGUCAAGUCUCUAGUGUGUAGCACAGUGAUAGUGUACGGGGUGAUCGCUGGUCAGUGUGGACUUGGUGGGCCAAAUGGCAUGGUAGUACACUGUUUGUCUAAAGCGUGUAGGCUAGUGCUAGUGUACGGGGAUUGCAGGCCAGCACAGACUCGGUGGGCUGUUUCCACCCUGUAUUUCUAAAGUCUUAAGGCAGGAAACAUUAAAUUUGCUAACACAACAGGCCUGGCAAGGUUAUGAUUUAUUAACAAGAAUGUAUGAGUUUCAUCAGGUCAGAAAUUUCACAGCUGACAACUUUAUUUACAAGCCUGUGCUCUUGCAAUCUCUCUACUUCUAGGUCCAGUGGGAUGUUGCUGGAAGCAGGAGCUUCUGAAUUGAUAAGUUAGUGAGAUAACCCUCAAUGCCUUUAAUACAUUGCUAUAAUCAGCAUGAAAACACAAUGAAGUAUGUUUAAUAUUUUGAAAAAAUAAUGCAUAGCUUAAGAUACAAUAUUACAAACAAUGUAAUAAAAAAUAAAAUGAAUUUUGUGAAGCAUAUGGGGAGAAAGCAGGAAUGUAAAAUUAGGGUAGAUUGUUCCAGUGCGAAUCAGCAUUUGUGCAGGUUGAAGAGACAAAAUGGCCUGUGUCUGUGCUUGAAUUUGUAAGAUUUAUAAGUGAAAUCAAUCAACCCAAAUCAAGAGGUCACAUUUCAUUUUGAAACGGGUAUCAAAGGUCAUGCAAGGAUUUUUUUCCUUCUUCCCUUAAGACACCGGUGAACCAAUUGGAAUGUAACCAUUAUUUCAAUACUGUUUUCUUAUUUACUGCAUGUUUGGAAAUUUCAGUGCAAAUACUCAAAACAACUAGGGUUUGAUUUGAAUGCACGUUCCCUGGUCAAAUUGCAUGAUUACUACAUCAAACAUCUUAAUAGACAAUAGACAAUAGGUGCAGGAGUAGGCCCUUCGAGCCAGCACCGUCAUUCAAUAUGAUUAUGGUUGAUGAUCCUCAAUCAGUACCCCGUUCCUGCCUUCCCCCCCGUAUCCCCUGACUCCGCUAUUUUUAAGAGCCCUAUCUAGCUCUCUCUUGAAAGCAUCCAGAGAACCUGCCUCCACCUGAGGCAGAGAAUUCCACAGACUCACCACUCUCUGUGAGAAAAAGUUUUUCCUCGUCUCCGUUCUAAAUGGCUUACUCCUUAUUCUUAAACUGUGGCCCCUGGUUCUGGACUCCCCCAACAUCGGGAACAUGUUUCCUGCCUCUAGCGUGUCCAAGCCCUUAACAAUCUUAUAUGUUUCAAUGAGAUCAGUGUUCAUAUAAUAUUAUAUGAAUGCUGAUACUUGGGUAGUGAGGAUUUUAUGUCAAUGAUAUCAAAGAGCUACAAUUCCGCCAUGAGGCUAAACCAUGACCCAAGUGUAAGUGGUUCAAAAUUAAUGUUUGGACACAUGAGGAAAUAUAUUAAUAUCAACCCCAUGGAAUGACGUUGAAAUAUAAGCAGACAUUUAAAAUAAUGCUGAAAGGAAUGUGAAUUUUUUUUCUGGAUGAGCCUUCACUCGUCUAUUUUCUGAUCAAACUUGUUUCCUCAUCGAGUUAAGAUGAUUUAUUAACAGACAACUGUUUAAAAUAAAGAUUUUGCACUUUAGACUCCAAGAUGCUUCGAAUUGGCAAAGCAAGAUGUAACUGUGCAAUUUUGCGAUCACCUAUGCAUUAGGAAAAUUAGGAUGGUAUUAAGCAAAGAUACUAGUAUCUUUGGUAUUAAAUGAUGGAUGUAGAUAAAUAAUUUGAAAAUAGAGUGUCGGGGAGAUUUCAGUAGCUUUUCAAUUUUUGAUGGUCCAUGAAGGAAUGGAGGUUCUUGCAAAUCACAUUUUAAUUUAAUAUUCGCUUUGUGCUUAACUUCCUCUAUAGCUUCACCAAUCCCAAAUUCAAAAUUGCCUCCAACUCUCUCAUCAACCUUUUAUGUAUCAACCCAAAAUCUCUUUGUCCCAUCAAUGGCAAAUAUGGCUUCAGCUCUGAAUCGGCUCCAACACCCCAGUCUCUCCACCUUCUUUAACAAGAUAGAACUCUGUUUGGAUCAGGAUUCAUUGCUAUCCCCCUAUAUUGAAACACUAAACGAAUACAGGUUCUGGCAGAAUAUUAAUUAUUAACACUUCCAUUGUUUGUAGCAGAAUUAUUUUCUCCAAAAUGGUGUUCAUGGAAACUCCAAAGUUAUUAUAGAUCUGGAUUGUAUUACCUCCAAUAGUGGCAGAGACCAACUCAAUAGUAACAUUGAAAAGGAAGAUAGAAAUGUAGUUGAGAGGGAACAUUCUUCAGAGCGCAAGAUUGGAACAAUUGGGUAGCUAUUUCAACAAGUCAGAACAAACAUGUGAUGCCCUGUCUCCAUCUGUGAUGACUGAUUUAACAACAUACUUGGCCAGCCCGAAGCUCUCGAGGAGCCUUAUCACCCUAUAAUCCUUUUAGCUUUGUGGCACUCAAUAUGUAUAUGAUUGUAAUUAUCAUAUACAACUAUCUCUCAUUAUUUUGAAAGUUGUAAAAUAGCUUUGGAGGAGUUUCAGAACGAUACCGCCUCUUUUCGUGAAUAGUGACGCCAUUAUUGUCUCAUACGUUCUUCAUGUAAGUUGGACAAAAAAAAACCGAAGUAGGUAAAUAGGCUAGAAAAUAGUGUUACGUGUCAAGCACAUGCCUAUUAACUAAUUUUAUCUUGCACUGCAAUAGCAGGCAAUGGCAUAGAUGUGUGCUGCCUUAUCGGAGUACUAAACCACUGUGCUAGCUUGUUCAUUUAGACACAAGGAAUGCAAAUGUAAAAAUAAUUACAUGUUUUUGUAAAAAUUAUAUUGACUUAACAAAUUUUGCAACUAUACAGGGAUAAUGUACAGGUUUUAAUACUGUAAUUUCCCCAGCAUUUUCAGCUGCGUAUAUUUAAGCAGAUUUACUUGCAAUGUGCACUGGUUUUUAAAUGCCUUUCACAAACGAUUGGUCUAAUAAGUAAAGAUGGCGAUUGUCUUAAUUUGUACUAUUGUAUUUUUUUUUCCCUUCUGGUGUGCAAGAACCUUUUUGAUUUCCUUAAAUUUGCGGCACAUAACUGCAGAUCUGGCAGGCCAGAGCACUUUACAGUUGUAUUCAUUCACGUUUGUGUUCUCUGACUACAAAAGUUAAUUGUAUAUAGAGAAAUUGUUGUUGCUGUUACACUGGUUGCAUUCAGAGUACUGCAUGAAUUAUGGGAUUGUUGUCAUUCAUUUGUCACAGAACUCUUGGAAUUGUAAUAAAAGACUGAAAGAU